AUGACCGAGGUGAUCAAAACGGUGGAUGUGAGUAUCCUGGACUCCCCAGUCUCCUCAGCGAACGACCUUCACUCAUUCAAUCCAAAGUUUGGUCCAGUUCCUGUAGCCACUGAGACUCUCGGCUUAUUCUAUCGCAACGCAAUCAACGAGACUCAAGCAGCACACCACAAACUUCCUCGGUUCGCCAUUUUGGCCUUCAAGUUCAAGUCAGACGACGGCGCCGGGCGGUUUGAUAUGGACUUUGGCCUCCAUGCCACCGAUGAGACCACUGUCGAACAACGCGUCACCUGUUUUGUCAAUGGCAUCAAUUCGAUCUCGGCCCAGGAUAAAUUUGAAGGGUUGAACUUGGAGAUUCGGGUGACUUUCCAGAUCGAAGCCGACAAGUGAAACCAAGCGGAGACAGGUGAACAAGGUCGGCGGUGAGGCUAUUUUCUACAAUUCUUGAGAGCAAUCAGCCAGUACGACGGGUAUCUGUAGGGCUCAAUGGCACUUCAGUGGAAUCA